AUGAAACUCUCUCAUAUAUUCACAUUCGUUGCAACAGCAGCUGCAGCAUCCCUAAAGCCCCACACCCCAUCCCCAUCAGCUUUAUCCGACGUAACAAUCUUCGACCCACCAACAGACUACAAUCUCCCCCGAACCCUGUAUGCCCGCACAAUCGAACUACCAAAUGGUGACCUCCUCUCAACAUGGGAAAAUUAUUCCCCCGAGCCACCGCUGGUCUACUUCCCAAUCUACCGCUCCAAAGACUAUGGUAAAACCUGGUCCGCGUACUCAAACGUUACCGACAAAGUAAACGGAUACGGACUGCGUUACCAGCCAUUCCUAUACUAUCUCACAGAAUCCAUUGGCUCAUUCAAGGCCGGAACAAUCUUGCUGGCUGGAAAUAGUAUCCCUGAGGACCUCUCUACCACGCAUAUCGAUCUGUAUGCUUCGCAUGAUCAGGGAUUGACCUGGGAAUUUGUGAGCCACAUUGCUAGCGGUGGUGAGGCCUUGCCGAACAAUGGCUUGACACCUGUUUGGGAGCCAUUCCUUAUGACUUACAAGGGAAAAAUGAUCUGCUACUACUCGGAUCAACGGGAUAAUGCCACCUACGGACAGAAGCUUGUUCACCAGGUUUCGUCGGAUCUGAAGAAGUGGGGACCUGUUGUCGAUGAUGUUGCCUAUCCCACUUAUACCGAUCGUCCCGGAAUGCCAACUGUGACGAAACUUCCUAACGGACAAUACAUCUACAUGUACGAAUACGGCUCCUUCUUCGGCACAUCCUCCUACUCAUUCCCUGUCUACUACCGCCUAUCCUCGAAUCCGCUGGACUUCAACUCAGCCGAAGGAAUCCAAUUGAUUGCCACUGAUGGCACGAAGCCCACAUCUGCACCUUAUGUGGUCUGGACCCCCUACGGCGGUAAGCAUGGAACUAUCAUUGCGAAUGGCCAGUCUUCCUCUUCCAUUUUUGUGAACAAGGCGCUUGGGAAGGGUGAGUGGACGAAGGUUAGUUCGCCAGAGGUUGCUGCUUAUUCGCGGUCUUUGAGGGUUCUGGAGGGAGACGGGAACUGGUUGGUUCUUACUGGAGGUGGUGACUCGGCUAGUACGACGGACAACUUGGUUAGUGUUAGUGUUAUGGAUUUGAAGGGGUUGGUGUGA